GGCUCAGCUAGAAGAAUGACUCCGGUGGCCCCGAGCAGCUCGGGGCUGGGGAGAACUCUUUGUCCACACCGAGCCAGAGCCGGGCGGGCACCGUGCUUGAAUGCAGAAAAGCUCUGGGACAGUAAUGAUGACACUGAAGAUGUUUCACUAUUUGAUGCAGAAGAAGAGACAGCUAAUAGACCAAAAAAAUCUAAAGUCAGACAUCCAGUGGCAUCCUUUUUCCAUUUGUUUUUUCGAGUCAGUGCAAUUGUAGUCUAUCUUCUCUGUGAAUUCCUCAGCAGCAGCUUUAUUGCCUGUAUGGUGACAAUUAUCUUGUUGUUGUCAUGUGACUUUUGGGCUGUGAAGAAUGUUACAGGUAGACUAAUGGUUGGCCUCCGUUGGUGGAAUCAUGUUGAUGAGGAUGGAAAGAGCCACUGGGUGUUUGAGUCCAGAGAGGCAACUCCUCAAGAUAAUAAAACUGUUUCAGAAGCUGAAUCAAGAAUCUUUUGGUUAGGACUUAUUGCCUGUCCAGUGCUGUGGGUGAUAUUUGCCUUUAGUGCUCUCUUCUCCUUCAGAGUCAAGUGGUUGGCUGUGGUUAUUAUGGGUGUGGUGCUGCAAGGUGCCAACCUGUAUGGUUAUAUCAGGUGUAAAGUGGGCAGCAGGAAGAACUUAACUAGCAUGGCUACCUCGUAUCUUGGAAAGCAGUUUUUAAGACAAAAUAUUGAUCAGACUUCCUGAAUAGAGAAAAAAGCUUCUGUGAUCUGUUGUAUUGAGGAAGAACUGAAGAGAUUGUUGUAGACUGAAUAGUUUAGAGCUAAACCAUAUUGCAAAGUGGAGAUAGGGCUUUGUUUUUCCACUUGAGAAGUUCAUUUAAAAUUUUUUUUGUUUUCAUAUUAAGUUUCUAUUUUCUUUCUACUGAGUUGGGUUAGGAAGUAUGGUGUCACUAGAAACCUUGUCAGAAUUUUCUGAUAUAUAUAUAUAUAUAUAUAUAUAUAUAUAUAUAUAUAUAUAUAUAUAUGCACAUUAUCUUAUAAUGGCUAUAUCUCAGAUUUAUAUAUGUAACAGAAAUCUUUGCAUUUUGAUGUGUA